CAUUUCACACACACACAUACACACACACACACGGAGAGAGAGAGAGAGAGAGAGUGUAGGAGGAGUAGUAAUAGUGCUGCUGCAGGAAAGUCGGUGCACCUUCAUCAUCAUCAUCACCACCACCACCAUCAUCAUCAUGCGCGAGCCGGAGUCAGAAACAGCAGCAGCAGAUGUUCCUCUCCUCUAGACUGGAGGAUUUUCGCACAGCUGCACGCAUGGGCACCGAGAGGCUCCGAGGAAUAUUUUAAAGGGAAAAGAGUUUUCCCCCGCACCAGGUGGAGAGGAGCUGCUCUGCCAUCAUGGCCGGCCAGGAGUGGACCGACUGGUUCGAGCGGGAGGAACUGAUCGGGCAGAUCAGCGACAUCCGAGUGCAAAACCUCCAAGUUGAGAGAGAAGUCGUUCAGAAGCGGACCUUCACAAGAUGGAUGAAUCUGCAUCUAGAGAAGUGUAAUCCUCCACUGAUGGUGCACGAUCUUUUCCGUGACAUCCGAGAUGGGCGGGUUCUCAUGGCCUUGCUGGAGGAGCUGUCAGGAUGCAGGCUGCUGCAUGAAUUCAAACCGUCCGCGCAUCGCAUUUUCCGGCUUAAUAACAUAGCCAGGGUGUUGGCAUUCCUGGAGGAAAGAAACGUAAAGCUGGUCAGCAUCGACGCUGCCGAUGUCGCUGAUGGCAAUUCGUCCAUUGUGCUCGGGCUUAUCUGGAAUAUCAUCCUCUUUUUCCAGAUUAAAGAGCUUACAGGAAACAUAAGGAACCAAUUCCCGUCCACUUCCAGCCUGUCGUCCAUCCCAACCAGCUCGGACUCGGACAUGUCGCUGUCCAGCACGCCGUCGGACGAGAAGAAGCCUUCCAUCGUUGCCAGGGAUCAUGGAAAAGCCAUAAAGACUCUCUUACACUGGGUCCAGAGACGUACCAGGAAAUAUGGUGUGGCAGUCCAGGAUUUUGGCAAGAGCUGGAAAAGUGGUCUUGCCUUUCUUGCAGUCAUCAAGUCCAUUGACCCCAGUCUGGUGGACAUGAGGAGAGCUCUGCUGAGGUCACCCAGAGAGAACAUCGAAGAGGCCUUCAGGACGGCGCAUUACAGCCUGGGCAUCCCACGACUUCUGGAGCCUGAAGACGUAACCCUGAAUCGUCCUGACGAACAGUCCAUAAUGACCUACGUGUCCCAGUUUCUGGAGCACUUUCCAGGAAUCGAGGAGGAUGAGCCUUCGGAUAUCCUGGAGAGGAAUAAGGUCAGUGCGCGGAUGACAGAGCCGCCGGUUAAGAAUGGAGUUCAGAGGAAGAGAGAAAAGUCCAGUUUAGUGAAGAGGGACUGGGUUCAGCCUCCACCCAAGAUCUUUAUCUCCUCAGUGGUUAAAGAUCAAGAGCAAAAACGUUCUCCUGUCCCACUUCAAACGGUAGAUGACCGACCUUGGGACAGCGAGGACUCCUCAGUGGGUUCGAGCCCCAGUACUACAGAAAAUCGGCCUCCGAGUCGCCCACCGGGCCUGAACAAAGACGCGUCCUCUCCCUUGAGCUCCCCGCAGCCGUCUCUCACCGACUCGGCUAUGGAUUUCCCAGAAUCGUGGGCUGAGACGCCUAGUGAACUUCCACAGUCGUGCAGCAACGACUCUCUGAGAGAUUCCACCUCAGCAGGCGAUCUGACCUCACUGGGUUCUCCACUGGAAUCAGAGAGGGGCCUGCAAGAUCAGGUAGAUUCAGAGUUGUUUGUUGAUGAGGGAAACUUCUCGCUCAGCUUAGAGGCUAGAUCCGCGUUGCUGUCCGAGGAAGAGGAUGCUUAUAGGUACAUUUUAGAUCUUAAGGAAGAAGAAUCUGCCAGUGAUGUGCCCAAUGAGGAUAUCAUGACAAACUCAAACGCCCAGGAACCUUGUCCCGAGACGAAUCCAGAUAAACCCGCAUCUUCCGAUCCUUCCUAUGGGGACGGUGACUCUGGGUACUAUCCAGAUCAGAAGGAUAUCGCCGCAACUCAACCAGAUGAUGUCAGCGAGAGUUGGCUGUCCCCUGACUCUAAUAAACCCGUUGCUGGUGUUGAAAAUGAAUUGGAGAACCUGGCUGAAUAUUGCGAAGAAAGUCUCGAGUCUUCCAACACCGAAGAAGCUGUACAGAAGGUCUCUAUGGAAUCAGAUCAAACAAACGUUUUUGAGGACGACCAAGAGUGGCCUGUCGUUCAGUACGAGAGGAUUUCCAUUUCAGGGAGUGAAGAGGACAUUGAAGAAUUAGGCACGGAGUUGCGUGAAGAGCCUCUUGAUGAGGAAAUGGAGGGAAACCAGAUGCCAGAUGUGUUCAGUGGCAGGAUGGAGGAUGGUGCUGCAGAGGAACAUCACCGUUUCAGAAAGACUGAAGAUGUAGAUCAGGUGCAGGAAACUGAGCAGGACGGUCCGAAGCCAGAAGAUAAAGCAGACCAGAUCAGUACCGAGUACGAGCUUCCUCAGAUCCCCACAAACAGCAGCCAGCCUGGGGCAACAGAUUUUGAGGCAGAGAUCCAAGAGAAAGUGGAACAGAAGUCUGGCGCUGAGGAUUCAAGCAAAACCGAAGAGCCAGCAAUGAAAGAUUUGAGUGAAUCCUACCAACAGGUGACCGACAGGCUGGUGGAGACGAGCUUUCCCGAGGUUGAAGAAGAGAAGCUGGAAACCAGUCCUGUGAAGCGGUCGUGUGAAGAAACAAGUCAGGGUGAUUUAAGCCUUGUUCAAGCGGACGUCGUCGCUAAAAACGAGUCGGAGGACGAGCUGAAUGCAACCCAAGGUCUUCCGGAGACUGAAAACGGGGCCGUCGAAGACGUGAGCACAAAAGAAGACGACACAUCAUCCGGUCUGCAAAACAUCAAUCAUUCUAAAGCUUCAGAAGAUGACCUGAUUGAAAUCAACACGACCAUGCCAGUAUCUGUGACCUCUCAGAGUAAUACCCUUGUUACUGACCUCCCCACACCUGAGGCCUUGGACCAGCCAAAUCCUGGCACUCCAUCCUGUGAAGAAGAUGAGCGGCCCUUCAGUCCGCCGACGCCCAGCGUAGUAGACCAGCCGUAUGAUAAUGAGAAUGAAGGACAGGCCACUUGGGAGGAGACCAAGAUUCUGGAUACGGAGCGGGCGGAGAGGUACCGUGCGGAGCUCCGGCUGUCGCUCAGCGUGACUCCUCUGCAACCCGCGCCCUCGCAACCUGCGCUUACUGACUCUGACAGUGCGCAGGAAAAGGUUGAUUAUGGGGUUGUGGAGUCUCCGGGACAGAGUCCGUUCGGGCUUUGGGUUGGACACCCAGGAGAAUGGGGCCUGAUGGAGACGGACCUGGACGCAGAGAUCGAGCACAAUAACCGAGAAGAACAGAAAAACAGAGAGGAACAGGAGAACUCUGCCUCUGCCAGAGAAAACACGGACGUGCCGAGCAGGGACGAAGCUGUCAGAGAGCGAAGCACUGAAGAUGAAAACCAGCCACCGGCAGCUUUGAGCGAACCAGAAGUGGCGGAUGUGAAAGAAGCGAAGCAGCCCAGAGAAAACGGAGAAUCCCCGGCUGCCAUCACGACAAAUCAUGCGGACGAAAGGUGUGUGAUGUGUAAUAAGAAGGUGUGCAGUCCUGCACGGAGUCCACGGCGCGCAAAUCACCCGGAGCUCUCCGAAGUCGACUUCCUGCUGCUCAUGUGGUUCCUCCUCUACUGCCUGUUCGUCCUGCCUCACAUGGACAUACGGACGAUCUCCCGCUUCCUGCUCAACCUGGACGAAUGAAAACGCGGGAUCAGAUGAAUUAACGCAGGAUUAAUGUGCUUGCUUUCUUCCACAGCUCACGUACGGUGAACCAACCUUCCUGAAGAACUGACAGCACGUUGCCAUAUCUGUACAUUUUAAAUCCAGGUUGCCAGGUUUACAGCUGUUCUAUAAGCCUACGCACUGCAUCUUCUGGACACCAAUGCUUAAAAAGUCAAUAUUUUAACGAGAAGAUUAAUAUUACGAAUAACCAAUAAUCAUUUUGUUUUGGUAUGGUAAUGCUUAUGCUGAUUGACAUUUCGAUUGUCGGUUAUUUUAUUUUAUUUUAAGCUCGUAACUGAAUUGCCAUCACCAGUAAGGAGUUAUUUGAUACACCACCUGUGUUCAGGCUGUAUUUUUAUUUUUUAUUUCUUUUAUUGCACUCUCGAGAUCAAGUCUGGCCCUUUAAGAACUUCUAAUGGAACUUAUUUUGGAAGGAAUAUGAUGGAAAUUCCCUCGUUUUUAUUCACCAGAUUAAUAAAUCAUGGACAUUACUGUCGUUCCAAUGAUGAAAUGCAAAAUUGUGGUAAUAAAAUAAAAAAAAAAAUACCGCCAUUAUAUUAGUUUUGUCAGUUAAAAGCGAAUCCACCCUGAACGACUUCCAUAUGGAUACGUACUACCAACAGUGCAGACGUCGACGGCGUCUGAGAUCGAUUCCGAGUUUUAUUCGCGUCCGUCUCUUCCGUUCGAGCCCCUGCUGAUCAGCAGCGCCGCUGGGAUUUAGCCCUUGCUUCAUGUCUGUGUAAAGAGAUUGUGUUUGAUGCAGCGGCGCUUUAGUGGUUUACUCUCUCCAGCUUUUUCUCCCUUCCUUGUCUAUACACUCUGCUCAAACAGAUCAGCUUCCAAAGCUUUCACGCUGAUUCCGGCAUCGACGCCGUCACAACCGUCAUCUCGGAGAUCACUAUAUCCACGUUGAGUGUCCGAGUCGUGUAGCCGCGUUGCAUUCUGGGACUUUCGAGUCUCCACUAGUUCUACGCUGAAUUAUUAUUAUUUUUGUGUGAUUGCGGCCAAAAACGCUCGAUUUUACUGCGGCGUUUUCAGAAUUUUGCGAUGCAACUUUGCGUGUUUUUUUUUUUGUGUGUGUGUGUGCUUUGUGCGGUAUUUUUGGGGGUUUUUUUUACUCGAAUCGGCGAAAUCGCAAUCGUACGAAAUUGUUCCGCACGCUCUUUCGCAGUGGCGUUUGUUGGUAAACGAGACCUUUUCAUCUGUACUCAUGUCCGACGCACGUGAUUCGAAGACGGCUCCGGUCUGGUCUGAAUGUUACCUUUUAUAUUUGAGGGCAGUGUUCGCCAUUAUAAGCGCAUUACAUCAAUAUAAACACUGAACAAGCUUCAGGGUGGAGUUUUCCUUUAAAAUGAUGAGCUGUUAACUAACAAGAUAAGAAAUGUCAUGUAUGAUUUCAGGUUUUCAGAUUAUAUUUAACAUUUAAUAAUAAUAAUAAUAAUAUUGACACGUGCCUAAAUGCUGGGGGGAUUUCUUUAUUGAUGUAUGAUGAUAUAAGAAUAUCCUGAGUGGUCCUCUUGAAUGCAGCUUAAUGAAAUUUCAAUGUAAAAUGCACUUUUACAGAAUCCACGUCUUAUAAACUACAAGUCUUUGUGAAUAAGCUCGGUGUCGAGUCGCACUUUCCAGAACGCGAAGCGCCAAAAUAAAGAUCCGCCAAAGAUGUAGUUUGACGCUCAAGUUACCGACGAAAGAUUGAUUCCGCUAUUCUUUUAACGAUGAAGUAUUUCUAAAGCGACCGAGCUGUCGUUCUAUAUUUUACGUGUAUAUUUUCCAGCACAUUCAGUCAUGUCUACACCGCUCACUUUGACCCGUUGCUUAGGGUGUUAACCGACGGCUUUGAAAUUUUCCCAUUACGUCCUGGUGAGGUCUGUAUGUAUCUGGUAUUAUAGAAGCCAUUUCAAAGGAAGUGCUUUUUUUUGUUGUUUUUUUUUUUCCUCGAUUGACAUGUUGCGUUUGUUAUUUUUCUCCUUUGUAUGCGUAGACGAGUUAUAGAUGAUCGUUUCCUUAAUGCUGUGUGUCCAUACACCUUUGAUGGAACACCAAUUGUAAGCACUGUGCGUGUGUAUGUGUGUGUGCGUGUGCGUGUGAGUGUGCGUGUGCGCUUCCACCAUGAUCUCACGAUCUCUGCAUGAGGAGUUUUGUGGUUGCGGACCACGUUUUACGUUUUGUAAAAGCUAUCUGGUAAAUCGGUACUUCACUUUUGUAUUGAAGAUCCUUGUGCAAAUAAAUAACAUGCCUCCUAAAAAAACAA